UCAAUAAAUAUUGGGCUAAUUGUGCCAUACCAAUUCUAUGGGAAUCACCUUUUAAAAUCAAUGAUGUAUAUAAUAUAUUUCCUAAAGUGAUUCAAAUUUAUCGUACAUUUGUACAAGCUAAGGAUUUUCAUAUUG